AUGCCUGCGCCUCGAAGGAAAGAUCUGCUCGCAAGCAGGCGCCGGCGUCGACAGGAUGAAGGAGAGGAAGAGGAAUCCGUGCUGGGUGACCUUGAGGAUGACUCGCUCAGCGAAGGCUCUGCGGUCAGCCACGGUGAGGAUGAAGUCGAAUUUGAAGGCAGUGAGUCAAGUGGGGACGAAAGAGAUCCGGCACAAACAACCGCAGCAACCACGCUGAGUCCCGCAGAGCACGGACAACAAAGGGCGCCCGGUGAGCACGUCAAGGAUGUGGCAAAGGCCCCUGAUGACGCCUCCAAGCCGUCGGCCGAGACGCAAGCAACACUGCACGGUGUAAAUCAGGGUCAGCAGGCACAAGAGGCGGAACAACUCCAGUUUGAUAAUCUGCCCACAUCAGCGGAGGCUGUUUCCUCCCUGGCCGAGAUUGUGCCUCCUAAAGCUCCUCGGAACGAGACUCCUGCACAGCGUGCUCGCAGAGAGCAUCAAGAGUACAUCCGCCAGAGGAACGCCGAUCCUGCUUUCGUCCCGACGCGAGGCGGUUUCUUCCUUCAUGACGACCGAAACUCGUCCUCUAUAGCCCCAAAUGCAAGAUCUCUCGGACGGGGACGAGGCCGCGGUCACGGUCUUCCCAUGAGCACAGGGUACGUAAGAUGCACAUCACUGUAUGCAUCUGCUGACAUACGCAGUCGAUCCCCAGGCUUCAACGAGCCUACGGACAAGCCCUGGGCGCAUGAUCUUCAUGACGAGCACGAAAAUGAAAGCAAACCGGAGCGGAAUCGGAGCAAGCCAACUCAUGUGCCAAAUGAAGCCACGAAAGAACCGAGCGAACCCACGUCCAUUCCUUCUGCGCCAAACAGGUCGUUCUCCUUCACAACAGUCCUAGGGAAUGUCAACCUGCAGGUCUCGUUGCCAGGCAUGGCUCAGAAGAUGGUUGUGCCGAAUGUGGUCAAGAAGCAUCAUACACUUCUUCCCCAGCAUCGUCCUCCAUUGAGAAGAGACAAGCCAGUCCGUGUGUCCAUUCCAGAUGCUGCGCCGCGGUAUAUAUUUCCUAGCACCGACCGCUCCUUCAUUUUCAUACCACGAGCUUUGCGACCAAACCAACAAAAUUAUCCACGGGGUCGUGGCAGAGGAAGCUUCCAUGGCAGCCGCCGACCAAGCAUAUAUGGUGGUGGCUAUACUCCAAGUGUUGCCAUGAGCCGGAAAUCUUCCCUCGGAGCAUCUACUAUGCGCGACGGUAUCAGGUCACCAACGGACUCAGUCAUGUCUCGCCACGUUCCCGCUGUCAUUGACGGCACUCGACCAGUGGUCCGUAUGCCGUCAGCUGGGCCUUCACCGGCUCUCAUGCAUGUUUCCAGGCUCAAUGGCCAAAACGCCAUGCCUAUCAAUCACAUUCCGGCCGUGCAGUUGCCAUACCCUGCAAUGUACGGAGGCCACUCGACGACUAUUCCCAUGCACCAACCUCGCCCUCAGAAAGCCGUGUCUCUGGCGGAUAUUGAGUCUCCAGCGUCUUUUCAUUUCAAAGCUCCUCAGCAGCAACAAGAGCAGCCCUUUCAUCAGCAAGUCCCUGCACAUUAUGGCAACCAGUAUCCGGACGAGAAGGCUGGUGCUCCGCCAAUCCAGCCCGCGGUUUCUGCAAUGGCGAGCGCUACACCCUUGUCGCAGAUCCCGGAAGGUGCGGUCUUCGCGCCAGGGUUUCAACCAUACCCAGUCAUGGCUGGGCCGGCCUAUUUUGGCGCGCCAUACAACAACGGACCAGUCUUCUACCCGUCAUUGGCUGACACCAGCUCGUUUGGACCUCCAAUGGGUGGGCCGGCACUGGCACCGAACUUCAUUCCUGGUUCCCAAUCACACCCGGUGAGCUACAUGCCGCCCACUGGACCAGCCGAAGGUGCCGUGGCUGGCAGCAUGAUGGCCCAUGAGACGAAUGGAAUGGUCUACUACUAUAAGCCAACCAUGUUCACGCCGGGUGGUCAAUCAGGCAUGCAGCAGUUCCCAAUGGCGCCGAAUGGCAACAUGAUGCCCCUGGGUGACGGGGUGCCUGGUCAAGCUCCUUUCUACUACACUUCUGUUCCCACCGCGAUGUUCUAUCCGACACAGUCUGGCUGA